AUGGCCGCAGGACUCAAACGCAAGCGCACUGGUGAACCAGACGCUAUUCCUACCGCAGUCUCCAAGGUCUCAAAGUUCGAAACGGACCGUGAUAUCACCACAGAAAUCAUCGCCCUACCAACAGGCAUGGACACCCAACUCCAGCGCAUAGCUACCUCAACCCGCACCCCCUACGAGAAGAAAGUCUGGAGUCUGCUCUGCCAGGUCCCACCGGGCCACGUCUCUACAUACGGCCUCAUGGCCGCACACAUGGGCUCGUCGCCCAGAGCUGUCGGCAAUGCCCUUCGCCGGAAUUCGUUCGCGCCGCAGGUGCCGUGCCAUCGCGUAGUGGCUACGGGCGGACUGCUGGGCGGCUUCAAGGGACAAUGGCCCAAGGAUGGCGAGGGAAUCACUAUCGACGAGAAGAAGAAGCUACUCAGGAAGGAGGGCGUCAGGAUUGACGAGAAGGGGAGAGUGCUUGGGACGCCCUGGAGCGCGUUCGUGUAG